UGCCAGUCAGCGCCACCUAUCAAUGCCAAUCAGUGCCACCUAUCCGUGCUGCCAAUCAGUGCCACCCUCAGUGUCAGUCAGUGCCGCCUAUCAGUGUCAGUCAGUGCCGCCUAUCAGUGCGCAUCAUUGCCGCCUAUCAGUGCCUGUCAGUGCCACCACCUAUCAGUGUCAGUCAUCAGUGCCGCCUAUCAGUGCCGCCUAUCAGUGCAAUGUAUCAGUGCUGCCUUUCAGUGCCCAUCAGUGAUGCAUGUCAAUGCCCAUCAGUG